GUGAUCUUUGUUUUCUUGAUGCAAUCGAUGAGGUCAGCUGAGUCGGAUGACACAACAGAUCUCUCAAAAUAGCGAUCAGGAUUUUGGGUUUUACCCAUCGUAUGAGCCAAAAUGCCCGGCCCAGAGAAGACUAAAGCCUCGCCCGGACCCUUGGGUAACGUAGGACACGUCUGUCAGGAGAAAUUCGCGUGUACGGGGUCUCAGGCGGUGUACGAGUGUGAGGAGUGUGGGACGAUGCAGUGUGAGAACUGCGAGGCACAGCUGCACGAAACGGCCAAGUUUGUUUUCCACGACAGAAGGCGGCUGAAGCAGGGCGAGCCGGGCCGGUGCGAUCUUUGGUGCGAUCCUCACAACCGUGCCGUGCUCUGGUGUGAACAGUGUAAGGUGAACGUGUGUGCUGCAUGCAAGAAGAAACAGUUGGUGAAGUGCACCCGCCGCAGCCACAAGCUAGUGCAGCUCGCACCGGACGAACCGCCACCGGUCGAUCCUGAAACGGUACCCCGCCUAGACGCCGAUGGCUCGUCAGAUGAGGCCGAGGUGCUGGCUGAUGCCCUGACUAGCCUGCCCCUUCCUACCCUCGGAGAACCGCCCACAUUUCCCACAGAAGGGCCGGGCCUGACCGCAGCGAGCGGGGACCAGGUGGCCACCCUGGCACCCAACGUAGAUGUCCAGUCAUUCUUACUGGUGGACGAGUUUGAAAAAUUACAGGUUGCUAAUGCUGAGGAGUUUCUGAAGAAGCUGGGCUGUGACUCCAAGGCUCUGGUGAAGGUGGUGUCUAUAUUCGGUAACACGGGUGAUGGCAAGUCCCACACCAUGAAUGCUACGUUUUUCCACGGCUGCCAAGUCUUCAACACGUCCUAUCACCAGUCCUCCUGCACGGUGGGCGUGUGGGCUGCCUUCGACCCUGCAACGCUUACCAUCACCGUGGACACGGAGGGGUUGCUAGGGGUGACGUCCAAUCAGAAUCAGCGAACCAGACUGCUGCUGAAAGUCCUGGCGAUCUCCGACGUCAUUAUCUACAGGACGAGAGCGGACCGACUGCACAACGACUUGUUCCGUUUCCUCGGGGACGCCUCGUGCGCGUACCAGCAGCACUUCACCCAGGAGCUGAGAGCUGUUUCUGAGAGAUGCAGGAUGGAUGUUCCCCUCUCCACACUGGGGCCGUCUGUUCUCAUCUUCCAUGAGACUCAGCAUACUGAGGUCCUGGGAGCAGACCAGCCACGUGACUGCCAUGGCCAGCCGUCCAAGACACCUGAAAUGCUGUUGAAGGAACGUUUCAAAGAGCUGAAGCUUCACCCCGAUGCUUUCAGCUCCAUAGAAUACAUUGGGACCAGGACACAGACACCUCCGACUGAUUUCAAAGGCCUGCAGGCAGCCGUCAAAAAACACCUGAGUAACGGCACUGUCCGCUCGCCUCGAUCACCUUCUGUGAUCUUUCAGGCACUGAAGGUUCUGAAUGAAAAGUUCAGCGGUGACAUCGAGCGCUCGGUACCCAGCACAUUCCCAGAUGCCUACUUCACCUGUGGAUCAACAUGUAUGUCUUGCAGUGCCAGGUGCAGCCUGAGCAUGAGCCACGAGCAGGACGACAUUCCUCACAAGUCAGGCGACAGGUGUCAGUACCAGCAUCAGUACGACGACAGGAUCUACACCUGCAAGGAGUGUUUUCACAAUGGGAAGCAGGUUGUAGUGGUGCCUAAGGUGGCAGCUGCUUCUGAUUCUACAUGGUUUGGACUGGCCAAGUACGCCUGGUCUGGGUAUGUUUUGGAGUGCCCCAACCACGGGAUCAUCUAUCGCAGCCGGCAGUACUGGUACGGGAACGCUGACCCUGUGGACAGUGCAGUGCGUACAGAGAUCAGGCAUGUGUGGCCAGGGGGAGCCCGUGUGCUUCAGGGCACCCACAACGCUGCUCGGCGGCUGAUUGACGGGGUGCACCACGUGGCGGGCACCGUGGGCGAGCUGAGCGCAAAACCGUCCAAGAUGCUGGGCAGCUGGGUGGCCGACCAGAUUGCACCGGCCUAUUGGGUGCCCAAUGCAAGAAUCACGAAAUGCCAGGGUUGUAAGCAUGAGUUUGAGCCCACAGAGACGAAGCACCACUGCCGGGCCUGCGGACAGGGCUUCUGUGACGAGUGUUCGUCCAAGCAGCUGCCUGUACCAGAGCGGGGCUGGGGGGAGGCUCCUGUACGGGUGUGUGAGUCCUGCUACAAGGAGAGAACACAAGCUGACGGAUUUAUUCCCCAUCUUGCAACUGACUUAGGUGAACCCCAUGUUUCUGAAGGCACGGAGGUCAUCCCGGCUGAGGAGGGGGAGGGGAGCACCGACAAGACCGUCAUGGUGCGCAAGGUCGGAGAGGUCAUGCAGAGCACUCUGGGAGUGGCUGCCACUGCCAUCAACUAUCCACUUGGCCUGAUGGUGGACGCAGCCCGCCCUGCGUACUGGGUAGCGGACAGCGAGAUCGUGGCCUGUCACGGCUGCCAGACGGAGUUUGACCCCGCCAUGUCCAAGCACCACUGCCGGGCCUGUGGAAAUGGGUUCUGUGACGAGUGCUCCAUGGCGCGGCGCCCCGUCCCCUCCAGGGGGUGGGACCAUCCCGUCAGAGUGUGCAACGAAUGUAACAGGAAAAGUGGCAACUUGUAGAAUGUACAAGGCAUUUGCAGGGCUCGAAAUGCUUUUAAUUCUGCAUGGUAUGGUGCAGGUAAAUGUAAAAUUACCUGCACAAGACAAAUUGUACCUUCACCACUCAGAAUUUAUAGAAAGUAUGGAUCAUAGUAGAAUUCAUAAUGAAAACUGUUCACAAACAAUUGCUAUUAUUUCUUUCUUACUUCAUUAGUAGUAAGUCAUUAUUAUUGAUGCAGAAAAUAAAAGUCCAUAUACAACAGCAUGUCAUAGGUAUAAACACACCUGAAAUACCUACACAGCUCCAAUUUUUCCUGCACUGCAGUUGAUGUUUUGAGCCCUGCUUUUGGGAAGAGUAACAAUUUACUGAAAGCUAGCUUUUGAGGAGUAAAAUGUCUGGAGAAGGUAUUACAGCCUAUAAUGUAUUUGAGAGAUACUAGUUGUUGUUGCAUUGAAAAUUCUUAUUGUUUUAGUUUACAAAAUAUUUAGUAUUAUAUUAUAGUAUUUCUUGAUAAAACAGAUAUAAUCCUCUUGGUUGAAAGUACAUGACAUUGUAUAAAAUCCUUGCAUUUGCUCUUUGGUGCUGACUUUCACAAUUUGGUUGUUGCUUUAGGAAAAGGUGGCUAACUACAUUUCUCAUUGGUAAUGGUAUAGUAUAUCCUGUUACUAGUGCUGUGUACCUAAACCAAUUUUUUAGCUUCAGUUACGGCUAUCUCUUACUUCAGACAACUUGUGUUGCUGUUUAUACACUUUUAACAUGGACCAAAAAUAAAGAAGAUUAGCAAAGGGAGAUAGGUAGUUUGAGUAAGAUAAAUUGGGAAGGUAGAAAAGGUUUUAACUAAUUUCCACAUGGUGCUACAUCUGUAAUGACACAGAAUUGAAGACAAAAAGCAACAUAAAGAACACAAGAAUACAACAGCAAAAUUCCUUAAAUAUUCCACGGGAGGGAAAAAGAGAGCAUAUUGUAGAAAAAAAUGUCUAUCAGAUAAUUAUGUACAUGUGUGUAAGUAACUGAUCUGAUGUAACUGUAAAUUAUUGUAACUCAUUCAGUCUUUACAGUAAUCCUACCCAUGUCUAGGAUCUAUAAACUUACAAGUUACAAAUGUAUAUUUAAGUAAGUACCUUUGUUUGAUGUAGUUUUCGAUUACUAGAUUUGGUACUUUGCAUGACUUUAGAGUGGACAGUAGUACCAAUACUGGUAGUUACAUCUUCUGUCUUUUUAUGUGUGAAUGGUUAUAAGUGCAAAAUAAGGAUGGAAGUCAUAACUGUUGUUAAUUAAAUGAACUGGGAACAAA